AUAUUGAAUAAAAGCCUGGAUAAGCGUAUCGGAUUUAAAAAAAUAUUUAUAUAAAUUAUAAGAGAGAAGGAAGAAAUGGCUACUAAAACAGCCGUGAACUGCAGCGAGAUUCGAAUUGAAGUACCUUGGGGCCAUAUAGCCGGUCAAUGGUAUGGAGAUCAACUUCAACGUCCUAUUUUAGCCUUACAUGGUUGGUUGGAUAAUUGCGGUACGUUUGCUAAAUUAGCUCCGCUCUUGACGUCAUAUCGCAGUAUUUUAUGUAUUGAUUUACCUGGACAUGGGCUUUCGAGUCACUUACCCAUCGGUAUACAAUAUGAGGCUCUUGAAUAUGUACGCACGAUACUACGCGUAAUGAGAGCUUAUAAUUGGAAAACCGUUAGUUUAAUGGGCCAUUCAAUGGGCGGUGCAAUAGCAUUUGAUUUUGCAGCCAUCUAUCCGGAACACGUGGAUUUGAUAAUAGGUCUUGAUAUUAUAACAUUUCGCACUUACUCUGUAGAAGAUAUGCCGACUGUAUUGGAAUAUCUUAUUGGGAAGAACAUGGAGUUCAAUGAACGUUUAACUGAUAAAUGUGUUGCAAUGGAACCACCUUGUUAUACUAUGGAAGAAUGCGAACAUUUGCUGCAUGAGUCCACCGAUCGAUCCAUAAAUUUAGAAAAUUGUAAAUACAUUUUAGAACGCAACGUAACCAGAUCAACAUCACACCCUGAUAAAUACUAUUUUUCGCGUGAUGCGCGUGUAAAAGUGAAGCGUCGAUAUAAUGCGCCUCCAGAGUUGAUCAAUGAAAUGGCCAAACGUAUUUGCCGUGUAUCCAUACCGCAUCUUGUAAUCAAAGGCGGUAAGUCACGUAUCGUAAGCAAUGACAACACCGCUCUAACGGAUUAUCUACAGGAAAAUAAUAAAAACUUUGUGAUGCACACUUACCCGCCCGGUACUCAUCACUUACAUUUAAAUAAUGCCGACGCAGUCGCACAAAUAAUUAUUAAAUUUUUGCAAAACUAUGAUACUUUACGAAAAGGACAACAUUCAGUUGUUAAGGCCAAAGUCUAGAGACACAAGUUACUUUAUGCAAAUUUAAUGGUAUGGUUGGUAUUUUGAUAUAUUGAAAAAAUGGAAAAAGACCAGCAAAGCUUCGGCUGAAACUGUCUUACGGGAAAGAGAAAUAAGAAAAUAGAUGAAGAAGAAGAAAGAAAUAUAAGAGAGAAAGAGCGCUGGCAACCAAAAAGAAAAAAAAGAAUUAAAUAGAAAUUCGCGAGUAUCGCCGUAAUAGAGCGAUCCUGUCGCCUUGAAAGCGCUGCCAAUUUUCGCAUAAACUAAGUUACGAAGACUACUGACGUAUGCAGGAAUAAACUAGUAAUAAUUAAGUCAAUUUAAUCAUCCUAAAUGAUCCUCCUUAAUACCUCAAAACUUGCAAAAAUCUUUAAAAUAGAGCAAGAAAUUCUUAUAAUAAUUGUAAGAUAAGCGUGACUGAUUUUUCCAUUUUUAUAUAGAUGCUACAGGGGAAACCAUAGAAUGUAAUUGCAAAUUCUUCUAGUUCGAUCUGUUGUGAUUUUUAAGCACCGAGUAAACAAAUAAUUCCUUAUCAUUUUUGAAAAUACAUGUGGUCUCAAGUUAUUUUGUACGGGCAUGUCCUUUGAACGAUUUAGCUCAGAACUUCCUAUUCGAAGUGCGUUCUCACUCAAUUCAUAUCAUAGCCAUUUUCUCCCUUUUUGGAUUCUUGUCAUUGCAGGUAAACGUCAAUAAACAGUUGAUACAUCAACUGCCAACUUGUUCGAAAGUUGUUUGAGAGUUUGAGAGUUUGAGAUAGCUAUCCCUUCGAUAGGCCUUGCAAUUCAUCGUGUUCGAAAUGUUGAUACCAAAGCCAACAUUUAGAAUAUAAAGAAGCAGCACUACCAUCAACUUCCAAAAGUAUUUGAUGGGUUUCGGCAGCAUGUUCCUUCAAAUCAAACAACAAGAGUAAUGAAUGUUGAAAAUGCAAUGUUUUGCUAAAUGGAAAAUUUGUUGUUUUGUGUAAAAAAAAAGGUCAAAAUCAUCGGGUUUAAUCGUUGUGUACACUGAUAACUUAGCGUUGUUUUAUCAUUUUCAAUACACGCAAGCUCCUAAUACUUUGUGAGGACUCUUAAAUUUACUUCUGGUUGUUGCAAACGUUUCGAUAAAAUCAGCGUACAUACUCCUCAUCUUUCAGUGAUGAGUAUAAAAAAUCGGAAAGAAUUAAAUUUGUUGGCGUGGCACUGCGUGCCGGUUUCAAAUGUCGUAUUGAAAGUUUUGAAUUUUAUUAAAAAUGAACUUUUUUUGUAAAAUAAAUUUCUUUCAACUUUUGCUAUUAGUCUGCCUAGGCUAACAACGUAAAAUCGGUUUACGUAUUUAUAUAUUCC